AAGAAGUUGCACCGCAUAGACCUGUCCAACAAUCAGUUGCAGACAAUACCGGGCCGUACUUUUCGCGAGUCGGAAGAGCUCAAAGAGCUGCACCUGAGGAACAACUCGUUGACAGUACUGCCGGCCGGACUGUUCUCCGGUCUCUCCAAACUGUUGAUACUGGACGUGAGCCACAACCUGAUCGGCUCCGAGUGGAUCUUCCCCGAGACAUUCGCCGACCUGAUCCGUGUCGUAGUGUUAGACUUGGGCCACAAUCGGCUGCGGGCUGUGAACGCCAGCACUUUCCAGAACCAGUACUCACUGCAGAUACUGUACCUCAACCACAACGAGAUCGAUCUGAUCGGUGACAACUCGUUCGCCUCGCUCUACAACCUUCACACACUGGUCUUGAGACAGAAUCGGCUCAAACAGGUCGGCCCCUUCACCUUCAACGGCCUGUACGUCCUGUCAGACCUAUCGCUGGCCGAGAACGAGAUCAACCGCGUGGACGACAAUGCCUUCCGGAACUGUACAAACCUUCAGAGCCUUCAUCUCAACGGUAACCUCUUGGCCGAAGUGCCCGUAGCUAUCGGCGCCCUCCGGUCGCUGAAGACCCUCCAUCUGAACGAUAACGGCCUGAAAGUGAUUCGCAACUCGACUUUUGGCGGCCCGGGAGGCGGCGGCCAUCAACACCUGCAAGUGCUACGGCUGGCCGGCAACGAGCUGACCAAUUUGACCCGGGGUGCGUUGAAAGAGUUGCCAGCGUUGCAACAUCUGGAUCUCGGCUGGAACCGUAUCGGCAGUUUGGAUCAUGGUGUUUUCGAUGACGCCCCGACACUCAAGCGCAUUAACGUCGAGAAUAACUUCUUGGUCGACAUUAACGGCCUGUUUAUGAACCUAAACAACCUCGAGUAUCUCAAUGUGUCCCACAAUCGGAUCACCUGGUUCGAUUACGCCCUAAUACCGCGAUCGUUGCGCCGACUGGACAUCCAUCACAACGAGAUCGAGUCGCUCGGCAACUACUUCGAGCUCGAGUCGGCUCUACAGCUCGAGGAGUUCGAUGUGUCACACAAUCAGAUCAAAGAGAUCUCGGGCUCAGCCAUUCCCAACCGCAUUCGGCGCAUCUCAUUGGCCGACAAUCGCAUCCGAGUUGUGCAUCAGUUCUCAUUCGUGGCCAAACACAACAUCACGUUUGUCGACCUCCGCAACAACUCUCUCCAGACACUGGACACCAACUCAUUCCGACUGAAACCUGUGACCGCCGCCACAGCGCCGGGCAAACAGCCGCCGGAGUUUUACGUGUCGUCCAAUCCAUACCACUGCGACUGUACGAUGGAGUGGUUGCAACGGAUCAACUCGUUGGACACGGCCACCCGUCAGUACCCGCGCAUUGUGGACCUGGAGCAAGUGAUGUGUCAGUUGCCAUUUGUGCGGCACGAUCAACUACCCGUGCCACUCACCCGGGCUAACUCUAGCAACUUUUUGUGCAAGUACAAAUCGCACUGUUUCGCCCUGUGCCAUUGUUGCGAUUUCGAUGCCUGCGAUUGCGAAAUGAUGUGCCCCGAGAAUUGCACAUGCUACUACGACCAGACGUGGAACACCAACGUGGUCGACUGUUCCGCCCGCCAAUACCAGGCCAUACCCGCCCGCAUACCCAUGGAUGUGACCGCACUAUACUUAGACGGCAACGAUAUCUACACUCUGACGAGCCAUACGUUCAUCGGCCGCAAGAAUAUGAAACAGCUAUACCUUAACCACUCGCGCAUCCAUCAGAUAUCCAACCGUACGUUCAACGGUCUGGUCUACCUGGAAGUGCUUCAUCUGGAGCACAACGAGCUGCACACCCUUCACGGCUACGAGUUUGAUUCGCUGCACUAUCUGAAAGAGCUGCACCUGCAUCACAACCGGAUCGCCACCAUCAACAACAACACGUUCAUCCACUUGAAGAGCCUACAGGUGCUGCACUUGGAGUACAACUCCAUCGUCGAGUACCAGAUGUGGACAUUCAAUCACAACACCAAACUCACCGGUAUAUAUCUGGCCAACAAUCUGUGGUCGUGUCGGUGCCAAUUCAUGGACGAGUUCCAGGAGUGGUCGCGAGUGUACGCGCCGGUAGUGCACGACGCCCACCACAUCAGGUGUUUUGUCAACUCGACAUAUGUC